GAUGCAGUAGAUGGUGCUGAAGCAACACUGAGGCUCCUGAAAUAUCCACAGACCAGUGUGUAUAUAGGAAGUGCCUGCUGGCUCUCCCAAAUGCUGACGGUCCUGUGUCUUCACGAGAUGCACUCUGGGAUGAGAAAACACUGACUGUCUUGGCUGUAAACUUAACCUAAGUUCUAAAAAUGGGAAGAAUUUUUCUGGAUCAUAUUGGUGGCACUCGGCUGUUCUCCUGUGCAAACUGUGACACUAUCCUGACCAAUCGCUCUGAGCUCAUCUCCACUCGCUUCACAGGGGCCACGGGAAGAGCCUUUCUUUUUAACAAGGUGGUAAACCUGCAGUACAGUGAAGUCCAGGACCGGGUGAUGCUCACUGGCCGCCACAUGGUUCGAGACGUGAGCUGCAAGAACUGCAACAGCAAACUGGGUUGGAUCUAUGAGUUUGCCACCGAGGACAGCCAGCGCUACAAGGAGGGCCGCGUCAUCCUGGAGAGGGCGCUGGUCCGAGAGAGCGAGGGCUUCGAGGAGCACGUCCCGUCCGACAAUUCCUGAAGAGGCUCCAGUCGCUCCUCAGGUUCUCUUCAACUGAAACUCAAAAACAAAAAUAAUAAAAUCAACAAAAAAUUCUGCUUACAUACACUGUCACCUUAGCAUCAGAGUCGGAUUCACGGACUACAGAGCGGGAAAGAUUGUGAGGAUGUAUCAGAUGGAACCUUCCUUUCUUUGUUCUUUUUAUAUUUUACUUUUUUUCCCCCUCCAGCAACCGUUUGUAGAAAGGAUGUUGUGCAGAUGCUGUAACUUUUUCUCUUGCGUUUACAUCUGUUAGGUUUGAGGUUGUAUCUACAGAUACAGUGGGCUAAAAAGGAAAAAAUAUUAGGGGAGGGAAGGGGAGUUGUCUUUUUGUUAGAGAGAAAUUCAAUGAAGUUGUUUUAGUUUGCACAAAACUGAUGUCAACCUAAGUUAUUUUCAAACUACAGAUUUUUUUUUUUUUUUAAGAAUA